CUCAUACUUGUGCGCUUCAGACAGCUGCUGCUCCUUUGGCUAAAGUUAGCCAGGCGGAUUUUACUUAAAUCAUGUUCAGUAAAAAGCCCAGAAGAAACUUCAGGACAAGGCGGGAUGAAUCAAGUGAAGAAGAGGAACAGAAAACUAACGAGGGAGAAGAAAAUAGCAUUAAACCAGCCCCCGUUCUACGACGGUCAAAGUUGCCGCAAAGCAGGGGAAUUUCCUGUUCUUCCAAGCCGGAGGUGGCCACCGAUGAAACGAAGUCACAGACUACUGCUGAAGAUUCUAACGAUAAAAACAAGGCUGUUACAGACGGGGAACUGUUUCAACGAGCUGAAAAGAAGGAAAACCUGAAGAAUGAUGCGCUAAAUUCGUCUGAUGUAAAAGAAGGUGGUAUUCCUGAUGCGAAGCUGAUCCGUGCAGCACUGAGACGAAGGAGAGAGGCGAGAGCACGGAAAGAUUAUAUCCCCCUGGCCCGGGAACGGGAGGGCUCUCAUUCAUCAGAGGAAGAGUCGGAGAGGGACGGUGCUGAUGAUGAUGAUGAUGACGACGACGAGGACGAUGACCACGAGCGCCGAAUCCAGUUUGCUCCCAAGAUCAAAACUCUUAGAGAGAGGGUAGCUGAGGAAAUGGGUGGAAGUGACAGUGAGGAGGAUGGAACAGACAGUCAGGAAGACGAGGACCAGACGAUGUGGGAGGAACAGCAAAUCCGAAAAGGGGUCAGGGUGUACAAGCACUCUUCCCAGGACACCGUAAGGCAGAAAAAGAAAUACAACAUUCCUGAAUCUCUUCCGCAAAUCAGCAUUGAUGUCAUAAAGAAGAGAGUCAGUGCAAAGUUGGAAACGCUGAGGCAGGUGAGCCGGCGCAGUGUGAUGGACCUGCAGAGGGUCCAGCUGGACAUGGACAGCGCCAAGGCUACCCUGGAGCAGCUGGAGAGCGGGUCCAGUCACGAGCAGCACAGGUUCUACAAGGGCAUGGGGCUCUACACCCAGAACCUGCUGGAGUGCCUAGGAGAGAAGGUGGUGGAGAUAAAUGCAGUGGAGCUGGACAUGCACACUCUCCUGAUUGACCAGGCGGAGGUGCUGUUGUCCCGCAGGCGUGAGUCUGUGAGGGAGGUGUCCACUCGUCUCCAGCUGCUGGCUUAUGGCACGGAUCCAUCCGACAACGGACAUGGAGACAAAGCGCAGUUAGAGGUGCGGGAGCAAAGCCAGUCCUGCGAGACGGCAGAUGCAGAAUAUGAGAACCUGCCGGCUGACGACGAACCCCUGCCUGAGGAGGCUGCCGAGCUGUGCAGGAAGAGAGAUGAGAUCCUGACGAAAGCAGAGAAUAUCUUUGCGGACGUUCACAAAGAGUUCUCGGACGUGAAGAACAUCCUCUGCAAGUUUAACGAAUGGAGAUUCUUGUUCUCGGAGUCAUACGACAACGCGUACAUCAGCCUCUGCAUCCCCAAACUCCUCGCCCCUCUCGUCAGACAACAGCUCAUCGGCUGGAACCCCUUAAAUCCUGACUGCAAGGACAUUGAGGCCUUUCCUUGGUAUUCUGCUGUAGAGGACUUCUGUCUCAGGAAGGGAUGCAAUGAGGCAGAGAACACAGACAUUUCAGUUCUAAAGUCUAUCAUUGAGAAGUCAAUUUUGCCAAAAAUCCAAGGUUUCGUGGAGCUAAUCUGGGACCCUCUAUCCACGGGACAGUCUCAGUGCCUGGCCGGUCUUUGCCGAACUCUACUGGAUGACUACAAGAUGCUCUCUGGGGAACAGAGCAAACCUGUCAAGGCUCUUUUAGAAGCUGUUGCAGUUCGACUGAGGAGCGCUGUGGAUGUCGAUGUCUUUAUCCCUCUUUAUCCGAAAAGGUUUUUAGAUGAUGCAAGUUCCCCACAGUUUCAGUUUCGAGACAAACAGUUCUACUCUGCUGUAAAGCUUCUGUACAACAUCACGCUUUGGCACGGUCUGGUUCCAGAGGACGUGUUGAUAGAGCUCGGACUGACCAAACUACUGAGCCGCUACCUCAUGAUAACUCUCCGGAGUGCACCGUGCGAAAGGCAUUCUGUAGAGAAAUGCAAAAAGGUUGCUGUGUGUUUUCCCAAGUCCUGGUUUGACGAUGUGGACGCCGGUGCAUCCAUUCCUGAGCUUCGCAUGUUCAGCGAGCACCUACACCAGACUGCACAUGCACUGUGCAAAAAGAACCCACUCACCGCCAUUACAAGGGAGAUUGUCACUGAUCUGUUGAUUCUUCUGAGAAACAUGAAGGCUUUGGACAGUGUGACAGAUAUAGUCGAAACUUACCAUUUUGAGGGAUUUUAAGGACUCAGGUUUUCGUAUGUAUAAAACAACUUCAUGGAUAUAAUUUAUUUUCCUACAGCUGUCAAAUUUUGUAUUUUUGUACUUUGUCAAACAGUGUUUUCUUGGUUCAUAAAUCUGUGGUAAAUAAUUGUUUGAAAUUAUUCUUCACAAUCAUUUAACAGAACAUUUUUUCAAAAUUUGAUAACUAGAUUUUCAUGUAGGGGGGGGAACCCUUGUUUAGACUCAGUCUAAUGAACACCAAUACAAUUCCUAACAAGUAAAGGCUUUGCAUGAAGUAGUGCAGCAGACCUGGAGGAUUACAGUAGGAUACUCUAGUGUGCAUUAGUGUACCACUAUAUCCAACAUCAGUUUCUAAACCAAUUGCUUUUAUGACAAAUGUUACUCUUGUACAAGACAUCAACAUAACUUUUGAUCAAGCUGGCUUGUAGUUGAUUAGAUAUAACAAAUUAAGUAUAGGACAGCCUGUGCAAAUGCACUUUGCACUGGGCACAAAUCCUUAGUAUUUUAGUUUGGUAUCACCAGAUACUAAAAGAAAUCUGACAUGGGGAUCUGCCUGGAAAUACCACUGGUGCACAGGUGUCAAACUCCAGUCCUGGAGGGCCACUGUCUGCUGGUUUUUGGGGUGUUCUCGGCACAAAUAUUUCAUUUAAGUCAUUGAUUGGCUAAGGAAUCCACACAGCUUGUUCAAGGCCUUAACAGACAGCUGAUUGAAAGGAAACCACAAAAACUUGUGGCCGCCUCAGUUUGGAUUCAGUUUGACACCCCUCAGACACUUAAUUUAUAAAGAAACUACAGUUUUCAAAACGUUUUUUUCUUUACAAUUUAUUUGAUGACAAUAUACAAGAACAUCUUGAGCAGGACGCCAUUCCCUGAAUGUCUGGUCUCACUGCAAAAGAAAGAAUAAAAUAGUUACAUACCAUUUUCGCUCGUAAAAUUUACAUCAGUUCUACACUAAAUUUUAAACGAGGCUAAAUAAGCAAGACUUUAUUAGCUUGCAGCUGUAAUUUGUGAACUCUACCAUACACUACUGGACAAUGUGCACUGCAAAAUCAUUCUUUUUAAAAGCGCAAGGAACACUCAACCGGUGCCAAAAUGAGAAUGGUUUAAAAAUGCUGUAAUGUAACAAAUUGGUCUGACUACCCCCGUGGAAGUUAUUGCAUCUUAAAUUUCAGUUUAAAGCCAACACCCCAAAAAUGUUUUCUGCAGGGAAACUAGCCUGCCUUUCUUUGGUUUUAACAGUCUAAUAUUAAUUGUAUUGGAUGUGUACUUCUCUAUGGCACAGGCUGAGUCAAGAAUGAUGGAAUUCUGCCAUCAGAAUGUGCUCAUCUAGGCACUAUUACAGGGAAGAUGCACUAUUGUGAUGUCACAGACGUCACAAUAGUGCAUGACAAAGCCUGCCACACCCCCUCAACUGUUGCAAUGCAGUAAAUUUCAAGCCCUGCAACUCUGACAGGGU